CAGCGAUGCGCUCAGAGGAAAAGACGCACGCAUCGCUGCAAUUCAGACGCUCAAGGAGCGAAACCUCUCCGUGUUUCUGCGCCACCGCAAAGAAGACUCUCCGCUGCACUCCCGCGUGGAUUACCGACCUGACAUUACGGAAACUCGUCUCAGAUAAGUAGGAAAUAAGUCAACCUGUUCGCUUUAACCGAUUUCAUAUCAGCGCCGAAAGCGGCAAACACGAAAGUAGCCUACAGUUUAAAGAUUUGGCACAUCCUAUUGAGACUUUCGGACUGUCAGAAAUAUUCCGGAUAGUUGUUGGUCCUUAAGAGGUGACACGUUUUUAUUUCCAAGACCAGUGUUUAUGAAUGCCUGUCGCGGAAGUAAACUCUGCAUUAUCCUCGGAUGAAAAAGCCCAGAAACACACACACACUUUGGGAACUAAUGUGAAUUUAAAGCAGUAGGAUGUAGUUCUGUCGGACCAGAGGGGAGGAUUCGGACCUCAAGAAUGAACUUCGUAAGCCACCUCUGCUUACUUUCUGUGCUAUAAAGACACAUCAAGCCAUGGGUUGAAAGCGACGCUGAUAGACUGCGGGGAUACUCAACGUGGGAGGGAGCAGCAUUCUCUGUGUUAUGUAAUGAUUGACAGUGCCUGAUAAUUAGUGGUAGAUCAUACAUAGCAUCACCCCCUCCCCAUUACCCCUACCCCCCUUCCCCUGAAUGUUGAGGAGGCUAAAGAGUGCUAGAUGUAUACGAGAUGUUUUAUAAUGAACUAAAAGCUGAUAGCAGAGCUCUGAAGGUAAUGAGCAUGAUUUGUCACAGGUCAGUGGAUUAAUUGAUAUUCUACUUGUUCCUCUGCAUAUUCUUUUGCUCAGAGCCGUCAAAGCAAGUUGGAGUUCAUUCAAGUUCUUUGAUCAUCUUCAUUUAAUCUCAGUCUGUUUUUACAUAUUUAGCUUAAUGAAUUAAUAUUCAUCAUGAUGCCCCAAGUUCUUGACCCGGUCCAUGCUGAUUUGCCAUGGUCUUUCAAAAUGACUAUGACUUCAGAAAAUCUGACAAUCAACAGUGUCUUGAGCUUCUUUUUGAGCUUUGAACUCUUUUCUCGCCAUUGCAACAUUUUUUAUUGCUAUUAAGAUGCUAUGAUGCUCAUUUCUGCCCUCAGAUUUGAGGAUAUGUAGUCAUUCUGAACUUCUCAAUCUCUGUGACUUCCUGUUUCUGAACAUCUGAAGAAAUUAUUUAAUCUUCAGUAGAGCCUUCAUUGGUCCCUCCCUCCCCCCCACUCAUCGGGGCUGGUGGGGGGGGUGGCUCUCGGCCCCACGGGGUCGAAACUUUGGUGGUGGCUGGUGGUGGUCAUACCCCUACAGCCAGGGCUCCCACCAUGGAGACCAGCCCAGAGAGCCCCAACCGGGCAGUGGAGUACCUCCUGGAGCUCAACAACAUCAUUGAGAGCCAGGCCAAGCUCCUGGAGACCCAGCGCCGGCGCAUCGAGGAGCUGGAGGGCCAGCUGGACCGGGUCAGCCAAGAGAACCAGGACCUAAGGCAGGAACGCAGUCCACGGACACCUGGUUCGGACACCCCUGAACAGAACCACAACCACAGCCAGCCUUUGUCCCUUCCCGUCCAUCAUGGCAGUGGUGGUGGCGCAAGUGGCGGGAGUGGUAGCACAUCGGCUGCUCAGGCGACACCGGGAUCAGCCACAGCUGCAGGGCCCAGCAGGGAGAGGAGGACCCACACCAGGCUGACCCGAGGUCUCUCCUGCGGGUCCUCCACCACCGAGCGAGACCGGCUAGAGCGCACCGACAGCACAGACACCAACACCAGUUCCACCAUACGCAGAAACGUGGAAGGGGACUCCCAGGGUCCAGAGACGGGCACACACAAAGACAGCUCAUUCAGCCAGACGCCUUACCUGCGUGGCUCAGAGCGUUACACUGACAGCAGCAGUGCACCCUCCGGAUCCAGGGACCCUUCAUGUUCCUCCAGUUCAGCCAGCUUGGCCUGGGCACUGCGAACACGGCACCAACCUGCCAGUCUGGCCCUCCGCAAGCAAGAGGAAGAGGAGAACAAGAGAUGCAAGGCCCUUUCAGACAGCUAUGAACUCUCAACAGAUCUGCAAGAUAAGAAGGUGGAGAUGCUGGAGAGAAAGUAUGGUGGCUCCUUUGUAAGUCGCAGAGCAGCUAGGACCAUUCAGACAGCCUUCAGACAGUAUCGCAUGAACAAGAACUUUGAGCGUCUCAGAAGCUCUGCUUCAGAGAGCCGCAUGACACGUCGCAUCAUCCUGUCCAACAUGAGACUGCAGUAUUCCUUUGAUGAGCGACAGCCUCCGCAGCAGGCCCAGACACAGACGAACUUCACCCACAGUGUGGCCAUAGGGCCUCCUCAUUCCCCUGACCCAGACCGCCCAGGAGACUACACCCACUUAGAGGACUCCUUCUCCAAACAGGUAAAGUCCUUAGCUGACUCCAUAGAUGAUGCCCUUACCUGCCGCGCGGGUCGCGAUGACUCCCAGGAGGGCAGCAGGGAGGGUGGAGGGAUUAGUGAAGACUUUGGGGAGUGCGUGUGGAGCAGCAGCAGCAAUCCCUCCUCCCAAAGAGGUUUGGGCGAACGAGCCAGGGGUGCUGGAGGAGGACUCAGUAUGCAUGGCGACAGUACCGCCACCUCAUACAGUGACGUCACACUUUACAUGGAUGAUGGCAUGCCGUCAUCCCCGCUGUCCCUGGAUCGGGCACCCAGCAGCACAGAUACAGAGUACUGGGGCCCUGGCGGUGGUGUUGGAGGGCGCGAGGACAGCAGGGACACUGAGGGAGGGGGCAGCAGUAACAGUCGGCGCAGCACCCCAUGUACAGAGUGCAGGGACUAUCGUCUAAGGGGCGCACAUCUGCCUCUUCUCACUAUUGAGCCGCCGAGUGACAGCUCAGUGGACAUGAGUGACCGCUCCGAUCGUGGCUCUCUGACCAGACAGCUGGUCUAUGAGCAGGAGCCAGGGGUAGGGGCUGGCUCCCCUCAGGGAACCCUGAAACACUCCCCCAACACAGGCACCCGCCCUACAUCCACAGCAGCUGCCCAGGGUCAAACCCGGGCGCCUGGCAGACCGAUACCCACACACAUCCCUCACCAGGUGGCUGCCCACCACCACCAUCACCACCACCCUAUCCACCACCAUCAGUACCCUGACACACCGUCGUCCUCCUCCUCCCCCCAGCAACCCCCCACCACCCCUCUGUCCUCGUCCUCCUCUACAGCUAUGCCCACCGGUGGUCUGGAGCAGCCGUGCUGCUCGGACGGAGACAACGACUCACUCAACUCCACAACCAACUCCAAUGAGACAGUAAAUUGCAGCUCUGGUUCGUCAUCUCAGGACAGCCUGCGGGAGCCUCUGCCACCUCUGGGAAAACAGACCUACCAGAGAGAAAGCCGCCACAGCUGGGACUCCCCGCCCUUCAACAGUGAUGUGGUGCAGAGACGCCAAUACCGCAUAGGCCUCAACCUCUUCAACAAGAAGCCAGAGAAAGGGAUCCAGUACCUGAUAGAGAGAGGUUUUGUAUCGGACACUCCAGUUGGGAUUGCUCGCUUCAUCCUGGAGAGGAAAGGCCUCAGCAGGCAGAUGAUUGGAGAGUUCCUGGGAAACCGACAGAAACAAUUCAACAAAGAUGUUUUAGACUGUGUGGUGGAUGAGAUGGACUUCUCAGGUAUGGACCUGGACGACGCUCUCAGGAAGUUCCAGGCUCAGAUUAAAGUUCAAGGAGAAGCCCAAAAAGUGGAGAGGCUCAUAGAGGCUUUUAGUCAGAGAUACUGUGUGUGCAAUCCGACUCUGGUUCGGCAGUUCCAGAACCCGGACACUAUCUUCAUCUUGGCCUUUGCCAUAAUCCUCCUCAACACAGAUAUGUACAGUCCCAACGUCAAAGCUGAGAGGAAGAUGAAACUAGAGGAUUUCAUCAAGAAUUUGAGAGGCGUUGACAAUGGUCAGGAUAUACCCAGGGACCUGCUGGUUGGGAUCUACCAGCGGAUUCAGAAAUGGGAGCUACGGACCAAUGAUGACCACGUGUCCCAAGUGCAGGCAGUGGAGAGAGUCAUUGUGGGCAAGAAGCCUGUGCUGUCCCUUCCCCAUCGUAGGCUGGUGUGUUGCUGCCAACUCUAUGAGGUUCCUGACCCUAACAGACCUCAGAGGACAGGAGUGCACCAACGAGAGGUCUUCCUCUUUAAUGACCUUCUGGUGGUGACCAAAAUCUUCCAGAAGAAGAAAACCUCAGUGACUUAUAGUUUCAGACAAUCUUUCCCUUUGGUUGAGAUGCAAGUACACAUGUUUCAGAACUCAUACUACCCUCAUGGUAUCCGCCUGACUUCAGCAGUCCUGGGUGGGGAGAGGAAGGUUCUUAUCAUCUUUAUGGCACCCAGUCAGCAAGACCGCACCCGCUUUGUUAGCGACCUCAGGGAGAGUAUUGCUGAAGUGCAAGAGAUGGAGAAAUAUAGAGUCGAGUCGGAGCUGGAGAAACAGAAAGGUGUGAUGCGGCCCAGCUUGCUCACUGGAGGUGUGGUUGGAGGAGGCGUAGGUGUGAAGAGCGAUGUUGUGAAUGGCACCCUGGGAAGGACAAGUUUUGAUGACAACUGCUCAGUGGGUGAGGGUCUCAAACGCACAGCGCUCAGCUCAUCUCUCAGGGACCUAUCGGACACAGGGAAGCGUGGUCGCAGGAACAGUGUUGGUUCUCUUGACAGUACCAUGGAAGGCUCCAUCAUUAGCAGCCCACAGCCUCACCAGCGCUAUCCAAUGCCAGGUGUGAUGCCUGGUUGCUAUGGAACAGAAGACUUCCGGCCUCACCGCCCCAUCCUGAGCCCCGGAUCGGGGGUGGGGGGUGGGCCGGGGCAGCAACAUACCACUGCUGGGACAGGAGUUGGGGGAGUCUCCAGCAGUGUAGAGAGACCAGGAGCGGGGAGCGGCCCUGGGGGGAGCAGCAACAACAACAGCGGCUCCUUCCUGGGCUCCCUAUUCGGCAGCAAACGCGCCAAACCACCAGGGCCCCUUAUUCCACCGGGGCCACCAUUCCCCGCACCUGUCCCCCCACCGACUACGGGAGGGCCCCCACCUCACUCCCCUUCAUCCCUGUGCCAGUUGGACGGGGGACCUUCCAAGAUCCAGGCACUGCACGCACAGUACUGUCACGCGGCCACCGUGCAGCCCCCACCACCAUACUACCAUCACCAUCGUUACCACGUCCAAACUGUCCCUCCUCCUUUGCAAGGUAUGCCCCCUCAUACUAUACAGAGAGGCCCACUACCUUGUCGUCCACCGCUUGGCCCCCCACACGCCCAGCACCCGCAGCUGGCCCAUCUCUCCCAGCUCUCCCAGCAUGGGUUUCCGGGUCGUUACGCCAACAUGGUGGUGGGAUGUCCCCCCCCCCUUUCUCCUCUCUCCCAACAUUCCCAGAACCCACAGUUUGCCCUUUACCACGCGCAGCCCACACACUCUAUCAGAGGGGGCGGCGGCCCUGGUGCCAAACUACCACUAACCAUGUCUCACUCCCACCCGCACCCACAUGCACACUCCCAAACCCAUCCCGGACACGUGCACACACCACACCCAGCCAGCCACUCCACCCAUCAAACACACUUCAUAUUCGGCACUCUGCCCCACAAUCUACCAUCCGCCACCGUCAAUGCGCAUCACGCAGCCUCCGCCGCCCAGUAUCUGCCCCAGUACCCUCCUCUCUCUUCCAUCCCCCCUCCCCCACCACACUCCCCUUUACCCCCCCCUUCGUCCCCCCUUACCCCUCUUACACCUCUCUCCCCUCACCCCCCCCAGCACCCCGGGCAGCCUCAGCAGGGGCCGCAGGUGACAGGGGCUGGAGCGACAGGUACAGGGGGCAGCUCCAAAUCCAAGCCUAUCAACCGGAUAAGUACCGUGGUGUGAGCAGGAUGUGGGGCCCCAGGGGUCAGAGGUCUGAUUAUAAAGUGGAGGAGGUUGGUAGAGCUAGGGCUAGGACCAAGUCUGCCAGGACAGAAAGUAACAGCAGCAGCGCUAGUGACAAGAGGAAACGCAGUUUGCUUCGUCUCUG